AUGGAGUGGUCUCAGCAGUACCAACAGCUAAAGCUUGAUGCAGUUGGUAUGACGCAGAAGCCUGACAGCUUGUCCUUCUUUGCUCGUCGAACCUAUAUUCCCCGCCCUCUCUCAGAAGCCACCGAGAUUUUCGAUACCGACGCCGAGGAUGAACCAUUUGAAUCUCCAGAGGAUGACGACAGUCAAUCCACCUUAUCAAGCCGCGAUGAGCUCCCUACACCACCGCAUACCGGAGGACUUGGCGGGUUUGAGUUCCAUUUCGACGACAAAUGUGUUGUCGGGCCCCAAGGACCACAUCUGUUCCGAAGUAGCCCUGAUAUCUUGACCCAACCUGAAGAUGAUGUCUUUCUCGGCAUGUCUCCUGUACCUGGAACCGCCAUUGCUGAAUCACCAAAGACAGCUGCAAAGCCCAUCGAUUCUCUCACUAGCGCUGUUGCAGAGCUCGAUGAAUCUCAAGUUCGUGACUGGACUCCGCGACAAGUUGCUGACUGGAUGGCCGAGGCUGGUUUCGAGUCUGCUGUUGUGGAGAAGUUCCUCAUUCACGAUAUUUCUGGCACAGUUCUCAUCGACCUCCAAUUUGAAGACCUUAAGGAACUCGACAUCAGCUCGUUUGGCAAACGUCACAGGGUCAUGAGUUCUAUUCAACAGCUCCGCAAUUCAAGCAUGAUAUCCAUUGAGACCUCUCCGGUCUCAAGGACGCCAUCCCGAAGCCCAAGAUCAAUGCAACGGCCAGCUCGUGCUUCAGAGUUCCAAAUGGUCAUUCCCUCUCGGUCAAGGUCACGCCGUUCUCCGCGGCAGAGCACCCCCAUCACACCCUCCGAGUCUGUCUCUAUUGUUGGCAUCGAACAGGUACUCCCCAAAGAGCACAAGUGCUCCAAGGGUGAAGACUGUCCGAAGUGGCAAAAGCAGCAACGGAAGAUUCUUCGCAUGCAACGUGCAUUUGAAGAAGAGGCUAACCGGCCAAUUUCUGCAUCCCCAUCUGAGGCCGGUGUUGCACCAUCUGUCGUUGGUUCAUCGGAUGUGCUCGGUCCCAGCUCGGUCAAAAUCACUCACGAGGCGCUCAGCGUCGUCCAGCCUCGGGAUCCACAAGAAAGUGUCCGGCAGUUUCUAAACUUCCAACAUAUCCACAACACAACACACUCUCCUUCCCCACCUCCUGCAGCCUCAGCCUCAUAUGCACUCAAAUCUCCUCAGCUCACUGAACACCUCAAAGGCCUUCCCAAAUUGACAAUUCCGGUUGAUGUCAACGCCGAAGAGACGCAACCAGCCAGAACGCCCAUCUCUGCUCUGCAGCAACCAACACAGAUACAAGCCCAACUUCGGGCCCAGCUGAAAGCCGACCCAUAUCAUUAUGGUGGCGUUGCUUCACCUGCUGAUAUAUAUCGCCUCGACACGCCCAUGUCGGCCGUGGACAUUCCAGUCACCGCCAUCGCUGUGGACCCUUGCGAACGUGAUGCUUCUCAGUCCGUCCCACCUGAGAUGCGAUAUGGUGCCCCCAUGGCCUCCACACCCGACCCAGUUCAACGUUCAGCCUCCACGCAGCCCCCUCGCCGCCAUCGACAGCCAUCAUUCACACCCUCUGUCGCCCCCGUCAAAGAGAACGUCUCUCAUUUGAACCGUGCGCCAAAGCGUGUGACCGAAAUUGAGCUUGCCAACCAUCAAGGCUGGGUCCGUAAACGCAAAACUACACGGAUGCUACGCCAUGAAUGGCAGGACAACUAUUGUACUUUGGUUGGCACCAAGCUCACCAUGCAUGAUACCCAUUACGCCAACGCAAAUGAGCUUGAAGACAUCGACGUCGAUGAGUACACCCUCCACGCAUACUCCCAGGCGUCCAGUUCCAAGCUGUCUGCAGCGUUCAAGAAGAGCCUCUUGGGACAAGGCAAGCUACCUGCAGGCGAACACUCGUUUGCCUUUACACUCAUUCCCGAGGACAAGGCCGCUCAGAACAGAAAACUGUUCGAAUCCAAGAACAAGUCCCACCACUUUGCAGUAGACUCCUCGAAGGAGCGCGUUGAGUGGAUGAGGAAGCUGAUGCUGGCCAAAGCCAUGAAGAAGAAUGAGGGUGUUCAAAUCUAA